UUGGACUGUGGCGUCAGAAGCAGUUUCGUCUAAAACGACGCUCCAUUCCACAUUGUACAGAAGAAUCAAAGGGACGUACAAAUAUGGAACUGAGAGAGAACUUUGUCCUAGCAGAGGGUGUGAGUCAGUCCAUGUCCGGAUUUGCCAACAAGUCUCCAGGUGGAAGUUCACAUUCUAGUGGAUCAUCACAUUCAGGGAGAUCCGCUUCUUUAACCGGUGUGCCCAACAUAAAGGUGGGUGUUUUGUUACGGAUCCGAGAAAAAGUCCAGUAUACAACUUCAAAAGUGAAAACAAAAAUAUCUCAUGAUGGAGACACCCCUCAUACCAUGGCCCAAACAGAACCAGAGGGAACCUCGUCCACAAAGCACAAAGUCUCACAGCAGCUGCGUGGCCCCAGAAAUCUGGCAAGCCCUGUAAGUUACAGUUCCAUACGUACCAGCAGUGGCAGUGAGAGUUCCCCAUCAAGUAGAAAGGGUUCUGAUGCUUCGGAUGACCGCAUGGAGACCUCUUCAGCUCUGCAGACUGACCGGCACAACUCUGGAGACCGCACAGGUUCCACAGUCUCAUUUCAGGCCCACACUACACAGGCACGAACUUCGUCACAGUCCACUGUGACAAGCACUAAAUUUUCCAGGAUACCGAAAAUCUCAUCUGCAAAGAAAAAAUAG